AUGGGGUUCCAGCUGAGCCCAGGCCUGCUGGCCUCCCUCGGGGCGGGGCUGCUGACUCUGCUCGGCCUGGCCCUGGGCUCCUACUUGCUUCGGAGAUCCCGCCGCCCCCUGGUCACUCUCCUGGACCCCAAUGAGAAGUACCUGCUGCGGCUGCUAGAUAAGACGACUGUGAGCCACAACACCAGGAGGUUCCGAUUUGCCCUGCCCACCGCCCAGCACACGCUGGGGCUGCCUGUGGGCAAACAUGUCUACCUAUCAGCCCGAAUCGAUGGCAGCCUGGUCAUCAGACCGUACACUCCUGUCUCCAGUGACGAAGACCAAGGCUAUGUGGAUCUUGUCAUCAAGGUCUACCUGAAAGGUGUUCACCCCAAAUUUCCCGAGGGAGGGAAGAUGUCCCAGUACCUGGACAGCCUGGAGAUUGGGGAUGUGGUGGAAUUUCGAGGGCCAAGUGGGUUGCUCACUUAUAUGGGGAAAGGGAAUUUUAGCGUUCAGCCCAACAAAAAGUCCCCACCGGAGCCCCGCGUGGCGAAGAGACUGGGCAUGAUCGCCGGCGGGACAGGAAUCACCCCGAUGCUUCAGCUGAUCCGGGCCAUCCUGAAAGACCCCACAGAUCCAACCCAGUGCUCUUUGCUUUUUGCCAACCAGACGGAAAAGGACAUCAUUUUGCGGGAGGACUUGGAGGAGCUGCAGGCCCAAUAUCCCAGUCGCUUUAAACUCUGGUUCACUCUGGAUCAUGCCCCAGCAGGUUGGGCCUACAGCCGGGGCUUUGUGACUGCGGACAUGAUCCGGGAGCACCUGCCUCCCCCGGCGGACGAUGUGCUGCUGCUGCUCUGCGGGCCCCCCCCGAUGGUGCAGCUGGCCUGCCACCCCACCCUGGACAAACUGGGCUACUCUCAAAAGAUGCGCUUCACCUACUGA